AUGUUUAAUACUGUAGACGGAGCUGUUGAUAGUAAAAGCUUAGCUGUUGAUAAUAAAGAGAUGACUUUGGAGCAGUUCAAACAAAGGUUGAUGAAGUAUGACAAGAACAAAAAUGGGCAGAUAAGCAACGAUGAACUCCACAAGGCCUUUUGCGACGCCAAAGGAGAGAGCUGGUUUAAGAAUCGCAAGUGCAGACACGCCAUCCGGGAAGCCGAUAGAAAUGGCAAUGGGGUUGUUGAUGACGAUGAAAUCAUCUACCUGGUAAAUUUUGCUCGGGAAAAACUAGGUCUGAAAAUUGUCUGA